AUGUGGUAUAGAUUGAAAGAUGUGCGCAAACGAGGAGUAUUUGAAAAUGAAGAGAAGAAACCAGAAAAUGAAGGCUUCGUUGUCAAAAAUUUCAUGUUUCAAGAACGAGUAUCACCACUGCUUAUGACCAGUUCAGCAAUGGCACCCAUAUACAAGCGUACUGAAUUCAUGGUCUUGUCGGCGGGUGUUGUGCUGUAUUGGAUUGUGAUGGUAUUUAUCGGAACGACAUUAAUAAUGUGUUGCAUAUGUACAAAGUCCCGAGCGAAGCGGAACGAGGUUCGAAAAAACAAGAGGGAAGAUGCAACAGAAGAUGCAUAA